ACUGUGGUGGCUCCCGACGGUGGACCCGAACCAUCGCCAGCGUCAUCUCCGGCUGGGCGGCGAACCUUCAAGUUUUCGAGUCUCAAGAAGCGCGCAAGCAAGACGCCGGCCGUCAACCAAGACCAGCCCUCCCGGACGACCAGCGAGGCCGACAUUGCGGCUUUUCAGAAGGAGCUGCAGAACUUACCAAACUUCGAGACGCUGGCUGGCUCGAGUGACACCUUUACGGACGGAGGUGCAGGCGGUCUCGACGGGGUGGGCUACGCACGACCGCGCUCCUGCUCGGUGCCUCGCGUCACUUUCGAAGCGGCAUCGCUACAACUGCCGCACGGACAUGGCCCACUCAUCCGCAGUGCCACCACGGAGGGGGCCUACACGGGUUCCUCGGUGAGCAAGCCCGCUGCAGCAUCUGCGACCGCCGCUGGGCCCGCCAUGCCGCAGAUGGCCACCCCUGUCCCGCAGCCCGUCCAACAGUCUCUCCUCACGGCUUGCGAGGCGGUUGCUCCAGCGCACGGGCCUCUGUGCGAACUGCCCGGCGUUCACCUGACCAUCCUGAAGCUGCUCUACGAGUGGACCUGCAUUUGCCCCGGUGACCUGCGCAUCCGCGAGUUCCGAGACUUUGUCAACCGUCUCGCGUGCAUGGGCGACGCCUACAAGGAGUGGGCCGACGAGCUGCGCAGGAACGCCGACCUCAAGGAACUGGAGAAGGACGAUGUCAAACCAAAUGAUCUCGAGGCGAUUCACGAUGAGUACAGCAAGCUGCGAGACUUGGUGGUGAACGGUGACCUGUUGUGCUCCAAAGAGGAGGCAGCCGUGUUAGCGGGCGUCCAGCUCCGCAUUGAAGAAACCUGGCCCAGCAACGCACGCGCGCAUCAUGCCCUCGGCUCCGAGCAGCUCGGAAAGCUCGUCCCCAUCACCGAAGACGCCAAGGAGGGCCUGAUCCCCGAGCCGCCGGGCCCCGGCGAGAGCAGCAGGAUGUCGUCGGCGGAGGCUGACGACAGCCCCGCCGAGUCCUCCGACGGGGCCUGCGAGCCGGCCACGCCCACCAACCGCUCGUCGGGCAGCUUCUUGCGCGUGGUGCCAAAACGACGGUCGCUCAUCCUCCGCCAGUGGAUCGGCUCAAACGGAAACCGCUCGCCAACGGGGCUGCACAACGCGGUCAGCCUCAAGGAGUGCCUACCGCCGUGCUACCACACGGCCAAGAACAUCGGCAAGACUAUCAAGGAGCAGAAGCGCAAGCUGUUUCACUCACCGCUAUACGAAAGCGAGAUCCACCUGAAGCGACUGUACAUUCAAACAUGCAAGCGGCUGCCCUCAUACGGCUGCCAUGUGUUCCAAGUGAAAGAGCUGCUCCGAGGCAAGACAAAGAAGCGGGCGCACCGCGUCCUGGGCAUCGGCAUCGAGCACGUGGUUCUGCUGGACAGCAAGACGCUGGUGCUGGCGAAGUCUCAGCACACGAGCGAGCUGCAGCAGUGGCGCGCCGGCGGAGGUCGCUCGCACGACCGACUGGUGCUCGAGUUCCGUGGCACCAAGUGGUCCUUCGUGGCGGCCCAGUCGCUGCGCUCCAUCAGCUCGGUGCUCUGGGAGAUCAUGCAGGACCUGGACGCACGCUUCCUGGAUGAGCAUCUCAUCACCACGCGUGAAGAGCUCGACAAAGAAAGCCACCGCAACAUGGUUUCGGUGCACGGUCUGGAGCGAGCCACCAUCUACAAGGAAGAGCUGGAAAGGCUGCAGGGCCUGCUGCAUUUUCCCGAAGAGGUGGCUGUGCGGCUUACCGAUGUCGAGUACGAGCUCUUCUACAGUGUCAGCCCAGUCCACUACAUUCGCCAGGUGACCGUCGACCUUAGCGGAAAGGCGGCCACCUUCAGCCCAGGCGACAAAGACCGGACUGUGCAGACACUGAUCAAGCGCUUCAACGAAGUGAGUUCAUGGGUGACGCACAUCAUCAUAUCGCAACCGACGCACGAAGACCGCAAAGCUGUCCUGUCGUGCAUUCUGCGAAUUGCCAUGUGCUGUUGGAACAUCGGAAAUUUCAACACGGCGAUGGAAGUUCUGGCUGGACUAAAGUCCGAGAAGCUGAAGCCCUUCUGGCUGUCGCUGUCCGACAAGGACCAGCUUCCGGUGCUGGAGUUCCUCAGCCAGGCUUUGCUGAAUCCGGAGCCUUCAGAAGAGUACCGGGCUGCCGUGGAGAGGGCGCUCAACAUCCCACACUCCAAGGUCAUUCCCUUCUUCGGCACUUUCCUUCGAGACCUGCGCGCCAUUCUCCAAGGCAUGCCUAGCCUCGUCGUGUUGCCUUCCGAAAAAGCCAAGAAAAUCGAGUUUGUGUCCGAUUUCCAUGGUGAAGAUCAUUUCAUGACCCGCAUCGGAGUAGGGGGAAUCAUUAAUGUCGAGAAGAUUCACCAGGCACAUCGUGUCCUCGACGACAUCAAAGCAUUCCAUCAUCACUACAAGUGCAGGGAACACGCCCUCGCUCAGGUCGCCAUCAACAGCAAAGAAGUCAGGCGUGAGGAGACCAACUGCAAGGAGGACGACAGCCUGUACCUGCAAGACCCGGAAGCGUACAUUCCGAUACAGGAGCUGGCCAACGACCACCACAUCAGCAUGGUUCCGCUCACUGUGGACCGAGUGGACUUCCACCAGCUGCAGAUUCUGCACCACGGCUGCACCAUGGUUCACUGGGAGGAAGACGGCUCUCGUUCCUCGCUCUGUUACGUGCGCCUCGAGCGCAGCAACGCCACCAUCACUUGGUGCAAGCCGGCAUGGAGCGCGCUCCGGGGCUCCGGACCGCAGGACUACGCGCUUAGCGUCAACAUCGAGGAGAACGUGCCGGUCGGGUUAAGCCAGAAGUAUGACACGGGCGAGUCCUACCUUGCCGGCCUCGAAGAGGGCUUCCUCGACCUCAACAUCGUCAAGGAAAUAGUGUUGUGCCGCAGCUCAAUCGAGGUCGCGGCCGUGGCGAAACGGCACGGCCUCGAAGACUCGUUCAGCGACCAGAACCUGUUGCGGUUCAAGUUCGGCGUUGGCCUGUCCGAGAACCGUGUGCUGGAGUUCAUCCUGCCGAACUUUCUAUCCGUGAUAUGGUAUGACAGCCUGCGCCGGCUGGUGUCCAUGCUCAAGCAGCAGCGCCAGCUCUGCGACGGACGAAUCCACUGGCUCAAGGAAAGCUACCUCCAGCUAUACUUCCGUGAGCAGUGCUGCAUCGGCCCGACUCCUGCGGAGGCGAUCAAGGUCUUCGGUGGGAGGAAAUGGACGCUGAAUUCCCUGGGAAGCAGUUCUUCAGUCGAGUCAACAUCCUCGGCAUUCAAGAGGGCUUCAAGUUUUGGAAUGAGUACGACUAAACUGCGGAAAAAGAAGUCUUCUACAUCACUGGCAACUGUUCGGGACGUGGGUCCAAGGUACCUGCCGGAGGCGGACGAGGGCGGCCCGACGAGAAAGAGUCCGACAAUCAAGAAGCGCCGCGCCACUGUCAAGUCGUCGCCGCAGCUUCGUUCUCAAGAGUCGAGCCCGCAAAGGACAAGCGUGUCGCGAAGUUCCUCCUCCUGCGAGAACCUCAACCGUACCGAAGGCGGCAUACCUCUGAUCCACCCGACUCCCCUCGCCACGGGAUACAAGGAAAGGUCAUGUCAAGUAACGCCGAGUACUUCGAAAGCCUCGUCUCUCCUGAGCCGCCCAACCAUCACUCACUCCAGCCAGAUGAACUUCCUCGAGUUCGCAGAGCUGUUUCGCUCCUUUAUGGUGCGCUGCCGCAAGGACCUGAAGGACAUCUUCGAAAGCGUAGCCACCAACUCCAAAGUAACGGCCAGCGAACUUGCUGCGGAGGAAAUGGCCUCACCAAAAUCUUGUAGGACAAGACCAAAAGUGCUCGGACUGCUGACACGAACUAGCAAGUACGAGUACGUGGACCCUGAACAGAAAAAGAUUUGUGAUGCCAUUGCCACCGCCAGCAUCGUGUCCAACUGCGCCGGGGUUGACAGCUCAAAAAGGCUCGUCUUGGAGUGUGCCGACUUCAAGAAGUUCUUGGCGACUCGUCAGAAGGAAGAAUUGACUGAGGAAGAGGUUAUCAGACUUAUUCAGCGACAUGAGCCUGAUAACGUCCUCAGAGAAAAGCACCUUCUGUCUUUCGAAGGCUUUGCAAGAUACCUGUUGGACAAAGACAACUACGCCUUCGUGCCGGAGAUAAUACCGCCCGGUGCGAACACGAACAUGGACAAGCCCCUUUCUCACUACUACAUCGCUUCGUCUCACAACACCUACUUGACCGGCCACCAGCUCAAAGGAGAGUCAUCCGUGGAGCUGUACAGCGAGGUACUACUAAGAGGUUGCCGAUGCGUAGAGCUAGACUGUUGGGACGGUGACGACGGAAUACCUGUCAUCUAUCAUGGCCACACACUUACUUCGAAAAUUCCUUUCAAGAGCGUUGUGGAGGCGAUUCACAAGAGCUCGUUCGCCACUUCACCUUUCCCUAUCAUUUUGUCCAUCGAGAACCACUGCUCCCUUCCGCAGCAGGCCAAGAUGGCCCAGAUUUUUACGAACGUGUUCGGGGACAGACUUCAAACACAGUUUCUAUUUUCCAAUGACGUCUGCGAUGAGGCCCGCCUGCCGUCACCGAACCAGCUGCGUUACAAGGUGCUAAUAAAGAACAAGAAACUCAGGCCGCCACUGACGCCAGCGCUGCCCCUCAGGUCCACCAAGGGUGUGCCACAAGGAAAGAUUGCGCCCGGCCGGACGAACAGCAUCAUCUCUACGGCGAGCAUAGGGUCUCUCAACGACGAGGAUGAAGAAGAUUAUGAGGACUACGAUGAAGAGGACGACAAUCUAGAAGAGUCCUUAUCGAGCCAGGAGGGCUCGUGCAAGGAAGUGCACGCCACGCGGCACCCGGGCACGCUGAGCCCCGGCGCGGCGCACCCUAGGUCGCGCAACCCGGCCGACGCCGAGCACAUCCACAGCGAUGACGACGGCUACAAGCAGCGAAAGUCCAGCUCCCAGAUAGCGCCCGAGCUCUCCGACCUGGUCACCUACUGCCAGGCCAUCAAGUUCAGAGGUUUCGUCACCUGCCCGUCACCGACCAACUCCGUGAAAGUGAAGAAAGUGAGCAGCAAGAAGAACGUGCUCGCUUCGGCCGGAUCGCCGCUGGGCGCCAACACGCCUCUGCAAACAUCAGAGCCCAAGCACGACACCCCGACGGCAUCGACUGCCUCGGUGUCUACAUCGGCUCCCUCUUCAACAAAACGCCACUGCUCCAAUUCAGUGUGCUUCCAGGUGUCUUCCAUGAACGAAAGUGCUGCCAAACGACUCUGCAAGCGCCAUCCGCUCGCUCUUAUCACGCAUUGCGAGAACCAACUGAUGCGUACAUAUCCUGCCGGAAUGAGAAUAGACUCGUCCAACUUCAACCCAGUGACGUUCUGGGCCUUUGGACUGCAGAUGGUUGCGCUCAACUAUCAGACUGAAGACACCGGCCUGCACAUCAACACUGCCAUGUUCGAGCAGAACGGCAGUUGCGGCUACGUUCUCAAGCCCAGCGCCAUGUGGGACAAGAACAACAUCAUGCACGGCCAGUACAACCCGUGGGACAAGGAAUUCGACGGCAUCCAUCCCCUCAACCUUCAUAUCACUGUGAUCUCCGGCCAAUACGUGUGUCAGAACACAUACGCCUGCAGCCCCCAGGUUGAGGUCGAAGUGGUGGGCGUGCCGCUCGACUGCAAUCGCCUGAAGACCAAGAUUGUGCAGCGCAACUCGCUCAAUCCCAUCUGGCAAGACAGUUUCUGCUUCCGGAUCGCUUUUGCAGAAUUGGCAUUCCUGCGCUUUUCUGUUAUCGACGUGAUGACAAAUCACAUCCUUUCUCAAAGAGUGAUUCCCGUCAAAAGCCUGAAGCAAGGUUACAGGCACGUACGCUUGCGUAGCCCUCAGAACCAGCCGCUUCCUCUGUCAUCGCUGUUCGUCUACUCCGAGUUCGAGGAUGAAGGGCUGGAAGUCGUCCACCAGAACGGAGACCUGCUUGAAGGCGCCAUCCCCAAGAAGGUUAAGGGAAGGACCAAGGAAAUCUCCUCGACCGAUAGCAUUCGCUGCGACGGCAGAGAUAACCUGGUCGCCGGAGCUCAGGGUCUGAAGCGUCGAAUGUUUUUCCUCGUGGUACACGGCGUCAUGCCCGAUGAACCAAAAACAAUACUGAAGGUAACGGAGGACACCACAUCGCGAGAAGUUAUUGCUCAAGCGCUUCAAAAGGCCAACAAGCCGAACGACAGUCUCGACGACUAUGUCCUCAUGGAGGAGGCGCAGCCGGGCUGGGGCCGAGUUACCCAGGAAAAGAGUACCACGCAGAGGAUCCUAGACCCGGACGAAUGUCCGCUGGCGUCGCAGCCUGCCGGGUCCAGCCCGGAUAGCCGUUUCAUACUGAAGAAACUGGCCGACGACCCGAGCACACGGGCGUGGAUGACGACCAUCAAAUCUUCGAGCAACAAGGAGCACGGGAAUGCGGGCUUCAUAGGGUGGUGUGAUGGCGAGCCGGCCUACUUGGUCUGCGUGUACAACGUCUCCGCCGACCAGCCGUAUGCAAUUCUGAAAGCUCCCAUAAGCAGCACUGCUCAGGAUAUUAUUGCUCAGGCUCUGACGAAGGCCCGACGCACGGAGGACCCGAGCAACUUUGUGCUCGUGGAACAGGUGGAGUACCCGUCUCCAUUAACCGAAAGCGUGCCGACGGUCGGCUCUUCGGUGCGGCGCCGGGGCCCCUGCCGCGGUCUACGCACCCUCAUGGACGACGAGAACGUCUACCUGGUGCAGGCCCAGUGGAAGGGCCGCGGAUGGUUCGAACUGAGGGAGCGAAACGAGGGCUUGAGUGAACGGCGAAAGAUGAGCGCCCCUAAAAGCUCCAGCUUUUAUCGCCUCAGUCGUCUACGCAGCUCAAUUAAAUCCAAAGAGCGUGACAAGUCAUGCCCGUCGCCAAAGCAGUCGCCAGUGCGCUCGGCAGCGGCGGACGGCAGCGCCGGAGCGUCUGCUUGCGAGCCGUGCACGAGCCGCGAGGCCCGCCAGGUGCACAGCGAGGGCGAGACGCUGUCCGACGACGACGCGCCGCCGGCCGCCAUGGCGGCGCGCCUGCGAAAGAUCUCCUUCCGCAAACUCAAGGUGUGGCGCUGAGCCGCGCGUGCAUUUCGAGCAGCGGGCUGGCAGCCGCCGUGCGCCAGCCCCUCCACCACAUGGGUGUUCAACGGCCUUCAUCGGGUGCGCGGGCCACGGCCGGACAAUCUAGUCCACCGCGACUGAAGCUUGCCGGCGCUUGGUGCUCCUCCGGCCACUGAAUCCGCGCGCGCACACACACACUAGUCAUAUGGGGGCCCCACCAACGCCCUGUUGUUGGCUGCGCGUCGACUGCCUCUGGUCACACGCGCGCGUCACUUGUUGCUAGAGAGCCGCGUGCACACAUCCGCGAGCCUAUCUAUAUAAAUAUAUAUUAAUGUAUGUACAUAUACAUAUUCUAUAUUUACACGACGCAUUCUAUCGCGCCUCGCCGUUGUUGACUGGGCGGCCCGUCUCCUUGGUCCGGCAUAGAGCGAACGAGAAGGCGCGCCGCCCUAGCCAGACCAAAAGAGUAUUUUCUCUUCCUCCACUGCGGACCGAUAAGCCCCGGCUUCGCGGUUCUCCUUCUCUUCUUCUUCGUCCGUGUGCGUGUGACCGUAUUUAAUGAGCUGCCCAAGUUGUUCCCAUCCACAAACAUCAUCAGGUUGCACCGAUUGCUAUCCGUGUCUUUGUAUCAUACACCGCUUUCUUUUUUCUCUCCUUUGAGAAGUCUAUAUAGUUUACGUGGUGAGCUUCUUGGACACUUGUGUUGUCCAAGACUCAUUUCCGCGGCAGUGACAGCACUCUCUACUUGAACCGAACCGCGGUGGAGUGCUACGUGUUCCUUACUCUUCUGUUCGCUCGUUUCGUGCCAUAGACCGCAAGGCUUCGGUACGCAGUGCUGUCUGGGCUCGGCUGAAUCCGAGUGAGAGGUGUAUACGUUGUAGUCUGUGCUAUUUCCGUGUGUCUCGCUGGGUACAACGACUGUGGGGCGGGCUUUCGGGAAGGGCCCUCUGUGCCGCCUUCUCGUGGCGGCGGAGGGAGCGAAGAUCGGGCUUGGAAUCUCGCAUCUUCAGUUGCGCAACUUGCAGUACCUCGACCUGUCAAAGGCAUCCUGUAGCUCAGUGUUUCAAAGGCUGAAUAACAAGUCUUUCACAGCGUGCUAUUCUCGUCACGUGUGUUGCCGUUGAUGUCUCCUUUACCUUACAAGUAGCCACUCUUAAGAGCUUUGUAAGGUGCAGUAACUCCAGUAGCGUCCUCCUCAACCUACGUUAACGGUGUACGCCCACUGCAACUCGGCUCUCCUGUGUACAAUGCCAGCCGCUGCCGCAGGCCCCACUUGGCUCCAUGCUCACGGUGCACACGCGCGACUGGUCGUGCAAGUACGAAGUUUACGGGCAGGAAGGGAGCAGGUGGAAAUCGCGGUGUCUUUAAGCUUCGUUACGGCAAGGGUAGUGAGCUGGAACUACUGGAACGAGAGCUGUGGUUACUCGGGAGUCUUUGUUUAGUCACUGCUUUGUGGGCGGCACACCUAUACGUUCUCCGCUAUACAUAUAAGAUGGCAAGCGGUGAAGAGGUCGCAACGAAGUUGACAGUAUAGAUACGGGACGCAUACAUUGUUAGCAACUUGCUCCACUUAGAAAGUUUCGCAAAAUGUUUAUUCGAUUCUAAAUUGCGCAAAUGCCACGAGACGCAUUGGACAAGCGCGUGAACCUGAGCGGAAAAUUCAUGAACAUGUGUGCCUCAUGAGAACAGUGUGAACGAAUAGCACUAUCUCUGCGACCAGUAUUUCCCUGCAUUUAGAAAGACCGACGUAAACACUCUCGCAACUGUCCGCACCAAAGCUUCGGUCUGGUGCGCGUGUUCCUUAUCUUCAGACAGUUCGGAUAUUUGGUACCAAAAAAAAAGUGUAGGUUAAAAAUAGCGCGCUCUAAAGUAUACCGCAAAAUUGUACUUGCUAUCCAUUCUCAUUAUUUUCAACCAGUCUUCCUUCAAUAGAUGUGGAAAACUAAGAUCCUGUCUCAAAACAAGGUCAUUGUGCGUGUUUAACACGCUUAGUUUUUAUGCUCCAUCUGAUGGAGGAAUUUCUCGAUUUAUUUAACGGACAGCUGGAUGGGGAGCUGGACGGACAUAAUGGAGUAGGCCACAUGCAUGGUGAACGCGCGUACGAGACGGCUUCAUGACUUUGGUAGAGGCAGGCAAAACUUUUAGCGCGGUUAUGCUUCAGGAAUGCUGUUCUGGUACGCCUGUGCCGUGGUUGUUUUGUUUUUUUUUAGUCAGCUAGGGAAGUCUGGUCAAACCGUUCACAAGAAUUCUUAAGUAACAUGAUGACAAAGAGAUGUAGAUUACAUGACGCCCAGUAUUUAAAAAAAAUAUCUGUUUAUGAGCAACAAGUAUCUAACCAAAAACUGUUUAUCAAACAGCUGCUAUUCGUAGUAAAUACUAUCGGAAGUCACAUAAUUUGCAUACGUGGUAAUGUUGCGGCAAAAAUGAUGGUAAAUUCAUGAGGGUAGCAAUCUAUUAUUGUACUAAGGUCUUAGCAGAGACGCUGUGCGAGAACCAUAGCGCUUCUACUGUCUGCUUCCAGUAUCCUGUGCUUCGCAGAUUUUCGUGCUGUAACCUUUCAUAUGACGCGUCUUGUCUGGCUCUUGAGCGGGGAAGUGCCAGCAGCAGAAGAGAAGGCGAAAAGGCUGAGAGUAAGAUACGAAGUUGAACGUGUACAGACAAAGCUGCUUGCUGGCAUUCGCCUGCUCGAAAAUAAAUAAAUCUGUCAACUCGUCCCGUAAGCUAUACGUUCAUGAACAUGUCGGCUGAGGCGCCUGAUGACCGAGUCACCGUAGGAAAAGGUUGUAGCGAGUCGACCGCGAGGUCAUCUCAUAAACAUUUUGUAUGCUUUAGUUCGCCGUGUGUGUGACCCGCACUAUACGCUGCCGGGUAGUGAAGGCCACUGUCGGCCAUUAUCGCAGUAUAAACAAACAUAUCUGAAGUGAUUAAUGAAUCACAGCACUUUUAACUUUCCCCUUUACCGAAGCAACACUCAGGCGUCGUUUAGCAAGUUACCCGUUCUACUUUUCUUUUUCUGUUCACAAACUGGAACCCGUAAAUCUUACAAUUACUAAGCUUACACUGAAAGUUACUUGGCUUCAUUGGGACCCCUAACACAAUUUUUUCGUGCCUUUAUUUCUGAUACUUAUUCCUGCAAAAACAUAGUUAUGGAUUUCGAAUGCACAGACAACAGUUAAAGUGAGCAUGCUUCAUAUGAGUAGAAAAUGUCGCGCUUUAAAAACCGCUUACGGCUCAUUACAAACAGAGACUCGUGUAUCCACUUCGUGCUUUACGCUCAUCUACAUCUGCUUAUUGACUAUUUGUUUACUAACGUGUCAAUGAACGCUGAAGCAAAUUCAAGCCAAGCAUAUAAUCUCACUGACCCCCCACAGACACACACUCAUUCAUAUCUUACAUUGGUCAAAUGCUGCGAGUAAAUGCGUGCAAAGCUAAGCAAUGUCACGAUAUAAAUAAGCAAAAAUAACUAGAAAGCCGCUUAAGAGAUAAAAGCAUGGCCUUAAUUAUUUGGUGUAGCUGAGGUUGCGUUCAUGAAAGAAAAUUAGAGGCCGGAGUUUCCUUAAAUUCAUACCCUCUAAAUAUAAAGCCUGACCAAAAACUUCAUGAAAUCAUACAAACAUUGUAGCUUUUUUCAUAUUUUCUGGGCACCUCCACUAAACUUAGCACACAAGUUGAAAAGGAUGCAUUGUCUAUUUCAUUCUGCAUUUUGUAAAAAGACUGAUAGAAAUCGCACAUAUCUGAUCUAGAUGCAGAGGGAGAUGAAGGAUUUGAGUAGCCGAGGAAAGAUGGCAUCACGUUCGUCACCACAGUUAUUUAUGCCGACGCAAUGCGUCCCUAGACUAACAUAGUAUUAAUCGAGCACUGUUAUGUACAAAUGUAUCGGAAAGCAUUAGAUGCGUCUUAGUAGCGGAUACGUCCGGCGGCGUUUAAAAAUUUUAUUUAUUUGGCGUUAUUCUCUUAUAAAGGUGGCAAGUUCUGUUCCAUGUGGCGGAAGCCUUCUGGCAAAAAAUGUCCAAAAAUUGCGCAGCGCAUUAGCUUCUGUCUUAGUACGCUACCCUUAUAGGUUUCGCUCUUAGCACGUCAGGAAUGCCAGUCUUCUACUGACGAUGCCCAGGGAAGCGAAAACAGUCGAGAUGACUUGUGUUCAUUUACGCGGUAUUUAUUGUUCGCUUCAAAGCCAACCUAACAGCCCUCUGCGUCUGGCACAGAAACUGUGUUUUUCUUUCCCUUCCCAGCGAGUGGAAUGCGCGCAACGCAGAGUCGAGGGGUGGCGGUCGGAUCGGCUCGAACGUAGGGAGGCUACUCGAACGAGCUCGUCUUCGAGGCAGUUUCUAAAAUGCGGCCAGGCUUGGGAGAGCUUCUCCAAAGCGAGAACAGGCGUGACUCAAGACGGCAUGGACACGCGUACGGAUACGGUCAUCAGGCUCGAGUCGGCCGGAUGCUAAGGUUUGUGUAUCGGUAGGGCAAGAAGCGUUUCAGAUAAAGCGCUGUUACCCUGGGUGGUGAACCAAGCGCUCCCUUGGCGAUAACACCGUCUGCACUGCUCCAAUGCAAGUCGAACAAGCUCUCUCGUAAGGGACCUUCAGUGCUGUUCGUAUACAACCGAACCAUUGCGGAGCGCGCUUGGAGCUCUCUUUGACGUGCAGUGCUGCGGGUUAUUAAAGCUGGUGAGAUGAGGCGAGAAGCUAGGCUCUGGCUUGUUGAUGUUGUUGUUGUUGACGUUGACAUUGACAAUGUUGUUGUUGCUUCGAAACCCCAAACCGCCGUAGCACGUCGCAACUGAAAACUUCAACCGCCUCACGCAAAGACUCCGCGCGCACUGAAGGGUAUUCGGCGCCGCACCGUAUGCACGAAAGAGCUCAUCUACCGUCAUUGUAGAACGCGCAGGUAUCCGCAAUUCGUUCAUGCAUAAAUGAACGGUCCUUAACCUAUAUCGUGUCCAUCUUAUGAGUACAUUCAUUUAGCUGUAACUGCACUCCGCCGCACUUACACACAUAGUCAAUGAGACUUUGUGUGGAAGAGGAAAGACCCCAUUCUUCCUUGGUAUUGUUGCACUCUCUUAUCCCCAAAACGCACUAUGUGGCUUUGCAGAAUACUGCCCAAAUUUACUUCAACGCGUUUUCUAAUUUUUAUUCACGUUUUAAUAUUCGUACUGCACUUUCCUGAUAUCUUUUAAUAUGAUAGCAAAUUCGCUAUACUGUUCGCCUAGUCUUUUCUUCUUUCUUACAGCUGAAAAUUAGAUAUAAGUGCUAGCACUAGCGUGGAAUAGUAAAACAGUCAGGAUCUGCUCCCUCGGUAAUGUUGCUGACCAUCUUUUCCACAAACACACCGUUUAGUCAUCGCACUGUUAUAUGCAGCUGGCUUAACUCGCCGUCUGCACGAUAAUUCGUGUCGGCAUCUCGCAUUCAAUAAUCGCUCCGUGCGUUAUGUACAAAAUCUCUCAAUGGCAGUAUGGGCUUUGUGGCACAAAAUUCUUACAAAAAGCAGUUCAGUGCCGGACUUCUUACCCUAAUUAAGGACCCUCAAACAGCAAUAUUGAGAUGGCAAUGUAAUUUCGCAACCCUCGGUUCGGGAUCAGUCGCAUAAAUUAAAUUAAAGGCUCGUUUCCAUGACCAAAGUUUAGUGUGCCCCAGCCGUGAAUCUACGAAUUGCGUAUGCGUAUCAAAAAUGCGAGGAACCGUUUUUAGUUGUUCAUGAAAAUGCGCGGAGUAGCAGUGCACGUGUUGCAGUCCUGCACGGUGCACGUUGCGUUCACUCCACAACGGACCUCACGUGGCAGCCAUCCUAUCUGUUCCACGAUCUUCGUGCUCGCCUAGUUGCUUUUUUUUUAUUACCUCGCCCUCAGCGACACUUCGUUACAUGCAGCACAACAGAAGCCUACAUCGUUGCGUUUUUUUUGUUGUUGUUGUUGCUGUUGUUAAUCGUUGAGCUCCGUGCGCCUCCAACGUUUGCAUUAUCGACCAAUCACAACACUGAAAACAUUCCUCUUCGCUCGCCGUGAAUUUCACAUCCCUCAACGUGGUGUUUGGCUCACUAUUAUUCUUUUCUUUUUAUUUAUUUAUUUUUGCUUUGAACCAUUCCUUUUGCACGGCAGUGUUGUCCUGCACUAUCGAAAGUUUUCUUCUUUUUUUAUGUUCUAUACAGUCUGUUUCACCGAGUUUGCGGUGACCCUGUACAGGGACGAGCAUUCCUUUCGUUGUUCGGUUGAUUUUGUUUGUUUGUUUGCGUUACGACAUUACACUUGUGGUGGCUUACUCAGAUCACGCCAGUGUGCACACAUCCUAGCCUCAUCCUAGGCUUACUUAGACUGCACGUUUCAGCACGGCUGCAGCAUUCACUGUCAUUCGACAUCCCGUUCGAUUUUCGUCCUAGACACACAGUCAGCGGUUCCAGAGUGCGCUGAACAACCCUGUCUCAGUUAGGGAUCUGGCGCUACUAUCGGCGGAGUGAGACAGCUUACUAAUAAGACUUUUUAAUCACAAAUGGUAUGGUAUUCUUCCGAUGAUCCGGCGCAAGCGUGAAGAAUUGAGAUGGACGCUGUAUCAAUCAUGUAUCAGACUAUAUAAGCGGUCAGUAUGUAUACAACGACUGAUGGCCGCAAAAACACCGGCCACGAACGCUUCACAAUUUCUUUCGCGCACCUAUAUAUGUGAAGUAAAUGUAAGACGUGUUUAAAGGGGGACAAGUAAAUAUGCAGCAAAUAUAAAGGUGCUCUUGAAGGCAUCUUAUAUUGUCUUGUUCUGUUGUUGCAGAUUCUCAUAUAAAGUGUGAGAUGUUUCAGCUCUGUAUAUUAUAUGGUGGCAUUUUUUCACUCGCUUGCACGAACUGUUCUCUCUCACAGUGAGUUCAAAAUGAAUGGCUGUCGCGUGGGCGCCAACGUAGCGCGUAGUGCGGACUGCGUGACGGCUUGCCCGAUAGCAUUCCAAGUUCGGUUAUGUUCCCUUUUUGAGGCGGCGAGAGAUCUGCUUGUACACCUCGAGGGUCCAGGUCGCAAUCAUCAGGCGGUUUUGGUGCUCAUUCCCUAGGGGGCACCCCGGCGAAGCGGGGUGCUGGGAAAGAACAGAAAACGCUACGGGGCACUUGCGGCACGCGGUAGCGGCGGCGUCUUCUGGGCCAUCUGAAAUAUCGCCCCGACCCUGUGUAACCUGCCGUUUCCCAUCCCAUUGUUCCAUUCGCCGGCCCGCCUUCUGCAUGUGUGGCCGGCGCCAAGCAUUGUGCUGUGCUUCGUAUUGUCAUUGUUUGUAGCCGGUCGGUCCCACGGGGCGAUUCGGCGCGGUGCCAGACCCUGAGCUGUGUCGCGUGGCGACAGCGGGUUAAGAGUGUCCUGGACAGCAGCCCGACGACGUGUUUCUCAGUACUACAGUCUCGUGUGUCACCUCCGCUCUGCGAGCUGCACACAUACAGACGUGCAUGCUGCAUGUCACAAACACACAUGCCGGGUGUUUUACGUAACCGAAACUAAGUUUUAAAGAAGUGUGCUACAUAUGUGACAUCAAAUGUGUAGUGUUCGUAGUCGUCCUCAGUUAGUACCCACCACUCAGCGGCCAAGUUGUUGCGCUGCAAGCUCGAGGACGCGGGUUCGAUUCCGGGCCACAGCGGCCGCAUUUUGAGGGGGACAAAUGAAAUAAAAAAUACACUUGUGUAUGUAACUUAGGUACAUGUUAAAAUAACCCCAGAUGGUCAAACUUUUACUUCCCCCUCAGUGGCGUGCCUCAUAAUCAUGCCGUGGUAUUGGCACGCAGUAUCCCAUAAUUGCCCUGAGCUACUUAGCAUAUAUUGUUGAAGCGCGAUAUCAGUUAUUAGUCAUUAUGAACAGUGCAAAAUUAGAAUAUUCGUUUUAAGGCGGGAAUUUGACUGGAUAAGUUGUAAAUGGGCGAACUUUGUAUUAAAGCUUGGUUCAGGUCACGUGAAGCACCCACUGUAAUAACACAGAUACACACAGGUGCGCAAAUACUAGUGCACAUGCACAUUCGCCCCCCCCCCCUCCCCCCCUUGUUGCUUUCUUCUCGUCACACCUCAUAACCCGCUUGCUCUACUCUACUCCCGCACGGAGUAACAGAAUAGAAGAGUCUCUGACCGAAAGGUCAAAUGUGAAAUACGGGUGGCGACGAUACCAUGACAGUGCCCCUAACCAAUGUUGUCCAUGAACAAAAGGGCAGUGUGUAGAUGAUGGGACGACUACAGUGUCCCGAGAGUAUUAGACACAUUUCACCGGCUUACGUUCAAGAUUCAAAUGAAAGCUCGCGUGCCCUUCUUGUCGGAGGAGCCAUUCUCCCCGCCAGCAGAGGUGACGUCACAUGUUGCGCAACACGCAGUGACGACAGCAUGACGACCAACUCGGAGGUUGCCGUGAAACAAUCCCCACCGAGAAGCAAGGAACAGAAAGAUAAGAGAGGGAACUGUCUGACGCAAAUCGCAACACUGAAACCACUUGAGUGAAGGCCACUCGAGGGCGUUGGCAAGGCGUUGGCGCUAGUCGAGGCAAUGAGAAAGAGCCUCUGCAGCGGUGGAAUGGGCUCGCAUCGACUCGUCGCCACAUUUCGUUUGCUUUUAUCUCCUCUGUGACGGUGCACAACUUCCGCCAUGUAAUCAAAAUUUCUGACAGGGCCUGGUGAGGGGCUUCGACAAAGAAAAGCUACAUUGCAUUCUAAAGAAACCAAUGUCGAAACUUAGCACAUGUUAGCAGGCAUUUCUUGCGCCAUAUUAUUACCUGCAUACGGGAAUAUACUUUGAAAGCUGUGUUCUCGCGUGCACCUAGUGGCGCUCAUGUCCCGGGACAAAAUUGAAAGUUGAGGUUCAGCCUUCAUAUUCUGUAAUAACGAUCAACCUUAACCUUCUAUGUGAAUGAAAAUAAUGUUUUCAGAUACUAUUUUAUUAUAUUAAAGAGAUGUAGUGAAGGUUGCAGCGCAGUUUCCCUUUAAGUCAAUUUUCUGUCUACCUGUCACGCACUUUGACCCAUACGUAGGCACACAUUCGUUCAGCCUUUUCGAUUUAGCUACAAUACCUGCACUAUAGUUCUGAGUGACCAGCACUUUCAUCCACGUUUGAGAGUGCAGCGCGUGCCUUUGCACUGCACCCUUCGAUUUAACUUCGUGCCGGGAGCAGUUUUCCCUACACUCGCUACAUUGCAAGCGCCGGCGUUGUGCAAGUUUUCAGUGGCACACGACACGGCGCCGUGCCUGUUUAUUAGUGGUGCACCGACAAAUAUUUCUCCAGCCGUAGUUACAAGAGUCACUCUAGCUCAAUCAAGUAAGCCGGGACGGAGCGGGGAUGGUUGUCCGGACACCGUUCCCGCUCCACUAAAUGGGCGAUUCAUUUAGGUCGAAAUCGUCUCUCAUUAGCCGCGUUUUCGGACGACAUACGGUAGCAUCACGGGCCACCAUCUAUACAGGUUUGCGACUUGGUCUCGUGCAGUACCACGUGCCGCGUUCUCGAGAAUUGCUUCAGAAAUUGCAGUCAAAUCGAAGAGACAUACCUGCAUGCACGCACAGAUUCCUGCCCCACGCUCACCGUCAGCCCUAACGACUCUCUCCCCCAUUUCCCAAGUGCAGAGUAACAGGCCAGAGGUGUCUUCCUCACUCAGCCCUCUCUGCCAGUCUUUAAUAACUUUCCUAAUCUAACUAUCAAACACACACAUAACAACACACUGUGAAGAAUGUAUUUCGGUGUCUCUCUCUUGCUCUCUUGCACUGCGUUCAAGCUGUCGUGUGGUCGUUCGUUUGCGUUGCCUAUUCUCUUGCACGAAAUUGUAAAUUCUGUAUUGUACAUAUAUAUCUAUGCCACCGGUAUGACAAAAUAAAGUGUAUAUAUAUAACG